CGGACUGUGGGAAAGAAGCACGGGUAGUGGUAAAGUGGUGUUGAAGUAGUAAAUGAGUAGUAUUCAUUUCGCAUAGUCCUCGUACGGGUGUUUUCAAUUAAUUUCGCCAUUAAAAUUCCCAUCGGGUGUCUCCCAACACACCCUCAAAAAAAAAUGACCCCAUAACGUGCGUGACUCCCAAUUACCGUGCAACCAUCUACAACAAUAAUAAAAUACAAUAAAUAAUAACAACAGUAAUGGAAAUAGGGAAGCAAUAGGGUAGUAGAGACAACUGGCCAGACGAGAACAAUGAGAUUGAUUGAAUAAUGGUCACGUCUCGAUAAUCAUUUUUCUUUCAUCAUCAGGAAUAAAAUUUAAUGAGGGGUGCAGAGGGUGGGGAUAUCAGGUUGUGCUCGAGGGGAGGCUGACACUGGUUACGACAGUGAAAUAAUUCCGGGUAACAGGGGGUACGUUAUAAAAAGGGCAAUAGGAUCACGAUGAGCGAGUGUGUUAACCCUAUUGACGAUUACUCGUCGACACUGACAACUACUGUUACAACAAAUACGUCUGUGACAAAGUCAGAUACGGACGGAACAAAGUCGGUUAAGACGUCCUUGGGUAAUUGUUGUAAUGAUAAUAAUGAUUUAUUGAUGAGUAAAUCAUUGAGAAGUGGUAGACACAAGUAUGUCAUCAUCGAUGGUAAAAGAAUACGGAGUGCGUUGGCUGGAAGGGCCAGGAAGGAGGGCAGAAGGGUCUGUUUUCCGGACAACGACAAGGAUCUCGUCACUGGUUACCUCGAGCCAGCCAAUCCCUGGGAGCAUGCUGAGGAUGUAAGCCGGGACAUAUUGCUAUCAUCAUACAAAGAAUCAUGUGAGCGUCAUUGCGCGGAACCUCUUAAAAAAGUCUUAGAUCAGCUCGAGGAGUUAGAUAUUUGUAACGGUCGGUGUGACGACUUCAGCCUGAAGGACGAGUCACUCGAGAAGAAACACUGCGAGCCACUGGAGGAGCUAUUCAAGAGGAUACAAUUUCGUAAAAUUGAUCUUGAACAUUCGGGCCUCACUGAUGAGAGCGCUGAGACAUUGUUCGAUAUGAUUGAGUACUACGAGUCAGCUAAACACGUCAAUAUCUCGAGCAAUGGUAAUAUAGGUACGCGUGGCUGGCAGGCGUGUGGACAAAUGAUUAAGAAAACCCUGUGCCUUGAGCAGUUGGAUGCUAAGAGCAUUGUACUGACACAACAGCACAUGAAUAUUCUCAGGCGACCGCUGCAAUUGGUCUCGCACUUGCAAAUAUUGAAAGUUGAGAAUUGCGGCCUCGCCGGACGGGCUUUUGUUAUACUCGUUGCUGCGUUGAAAACUAAUACUGGACUGAAAGAAUUGUACUUGGCUGAUAAUAAUCUUACACAGGAUGAUGCGAUACAAAUGGGAUCGCUGCUGAGGAUCAAUAAUUGUCUGCAGCUGCUGGACAUCAGUAACAAUAAUAUUAAGGACGAGGGUGUUCACAAUAUUUUGGACGGCCUCGUAUCGCAGUCGGGUGAGAGUGGAAGCACUCGCGGGCUCAAGAUACUUAUACUGUGGAACAAUCAUCUGUCGAAAAUUUGUUCUGAGUACUUCGCUGAAACGAUUGCACAAUCGAAAAGCCUCGAGACCCUCAAUAUUGGCCACAAUGGGUUGAGCGAUGAUUUUCUGGAUAUCUGCAAGGACGCUUUAAAGCAUAACACAGUAUUACUUCAACUUGGGGUUCAGGCUACUGGUCUGAUGAACAAAGGGAUUAUGGCGCUGGCUGAGGUCGUGGGGAAAAAUGAGAGCCUACAGAGGAUAGACCUCAGGGACAAUCACAUUCAGCUUACAGGCUUGACAUUCCUGUGCUUGGCUAUGAAGAGAAAUGUUACUAUCACGCAAAUUGAUCUGGAUGACACGACCUGGAGCAAAGCGCCAUCGAUGAUGGAGACCUACCUGGCAAUAGUCUCCGAAAUCCGGGGUUACUGCACUCGUAACGACGAGCCCAUCUCCACAGACUCAAGUACAGAGGAAUCAGGUAGUCCCCAACACCGUAGUCGUCUGUCAAGCGUUAACUCCCGUAAAAUAUCGUUGACAUGUCAGACACUGCCACGUUCACCCACAGUCAUAACUGGUACCGGUGAUACGAACAUUAGAACACCAAUGCUCGAGCCAAAACGUACAACUGGUGGUCGUCUGCGUUCCCCAGCACCAUCACCAAUUCCCUCGCCGGUUGCCAGCCCAAUCCCCAGUCCCUCGCGAAGUCGUUUCGUCGUAUCACGCGUCUCCGAGGCAUCACUAAGCUCCACUAACUCCUCAGCCUCAUCAUCACCGAUAACACCCCCAUCCUUAGCCUCAUCACCGACGUGUUUUUUUCCGGCAACAAGUAGUGGCUCGUCCUCGCGCUUCCGCGUUACAGUCGUUGAGUCCAACGUGCCACCGAGUCCAACGAUUAAAAACGUCGUAUCAACGAGUGCCAAUGUAACAAUUGGCUUUAAUUACCGGGUAGACAUGCCCGACCGAGUCGAUUCCGACGACUCCGACAGUGUCUUCAGAUCCGAGGAGGAGGACUCGAGACGUGGAAGUGAAUCGAGCGUCGAUGCCGACUCGGAAGAGAGAAUCAGAACCCCGGAUUCUGGUACUGUCUUCGACGUCGACACCACCAUCACCACCUCCACGCAAUUCCUCUCCAUCUCAAACUCCUCAGACGAGGAGCCACCAAAACCCGAUGAUCUCGUGUCUAAACACAAUUUACCAGUUAUUGCCAGCCCAGAUGAUUCGCCUACAGCUCCCCCCGAUGAUCCCCAGGAGUCGAGUGUAAAUAAAACUUUAACUCAAGCAUUAGAACCUCUGGUGUCGCACAGUAGAGAACCAGAUGAACCAAAGAUAACUGAUGUACCUAAACAAUCGAGCUUGGAGAGACUACUCGGCCUCUUCCAGAACCCUGGAACACUGUUCACUGGUGCAUUCGCGGAGAGAGCGGAGGUGCCGAUGAAGAAUUCCCUUCAGGGCAGUGUCAACAGUAUGAUGGCCCUUGGGGACAAGUUCCAUCAGUACCUGAGGGACAGCACGCGUCAGCCCCUGCAGAGGUCCGUCUCGGACGCCUCGAAGUCAGUCACUCCGAAGAGCGAUCCUGUCAAGUCACUGAGUAUCGAUCAACUGCUGAGUGCCGAGUCGAUGAGUCAUUGUGUCAAGCCGCAGGAGUCUGUUGACGAGACUCAGGAGGUCGCGAGAAGGCUGUCGGGGGUUCAGGAGGACGACAACGAGCUCGAUAAUCCUAGAGUAGGUGCGUCCCCUCCGGGCGAUGAUGCACAACACUUGAUAGAUCAUUCGAUCGAUUUAGUAGAUUAUGGUAACGGCGAUACUAGCGUACCUGUGGUGUACAAAUCGGAAUACUCGAUUAUGAUAGGCGAUUGUGAGGGUGUCAUUGGGGAUAGUGUGAGUGGUGGGCUCCAAACAAUAUGUGAUAAUGGCACGGAUGACAGUAUUAACAGUUGUAUAUUAAGAGACACUAUCGUAUUUCCAAUUGGUGGCGGGGGGAGGGAUCCAACACUUGCGGACGAUGUACAUAAUUUAGGGGGUGGUGAGGACAAUGAAUGCAAAGAUACUAGUGAUUGUAAGUUAAUUGGGGAGGGGGUCAGCAAGGAUGACGGGGAAUGCGAAAGUUUACCGGUUAAGGAUUGUUUUAAUGAUAAUUUUAAUGAGAAUGGGAGUGGGAAUGGGAGGUCUGCGGAGGAGGAUGUCGAGGAUGUACUGGCGUCCAUUCUCAGUGGGGUAAUGCUGCUGGUGGACGACAGUGCCAAUUUGGCCACUGUGACGGUUUGUCCAGAUCACAGUCGUAAAACAGAUGUUUUGAGUACAAGUAUCGAGGAUAGUGUUUGUGAGGGUAAUAUUGUAUUGAAAGUAUCGAAUGUUGUGCCGACUCUUGCCGAUGAUUUGAUCAGUGACGGCGGCCAAAAUUUCGGGUCAAGAUCGUUGAGUUUUGUUGAAGAAUUGGAUAAUCCUCAGACAUCUAGGUCGCCCACCAAUUUAUUCAUCGAUAAGUCGAUAAAUGUUCAUAGGAACAGCCAAGACUCGGGGAUUGAGGAGGCCAAUGUAUCCGUAUCGGAUGACAAUUUGGAGACAUCGCCGCAGAUUAGAGACAGCUUUCAGGAGAGUCUUGACUCGGGUAUUGAUUCCGAAUGCUCAUCUGUGUGCACUAGAGUUGAGAAUGCACUGACUUUCAAGGAUUCUGAGGAUAAGUUUUACGACAUUCCAGAGAUCAAUGACCAAUCCCAGAGCAUCAGUCAAAGUAUUAUGAUAAAAGCCAGUGUUUUUGUUAAUAAUGGUGAGGAACACGAGGAAAUUAUACAGACUGAUACGCAGAUGAUUGGCGACACUGAUAUGACGAUCAUUGGAGCUAAAUUAAGCCAUGAGGAACAGAUGGUCAGCAGUAGCACGAGUGUCGAGUGAGGAAGAGGAAGAGGAAGAGGAAGUCGAGGUGAUGUAUAACGAGGAGCAAGGGGAAACAACAAAGCCCAAGGAAAUACAACUGC